AGUUGUGCUCGGCUGAACUCACAUCUCCGGUCAACAUGUCCUACUUUUUCCCGGGAAACUUCUCCUCCCGCUCCUGUGGGGGCUUCCUGAGCCAACCAGGAGCCUUCUGUGGCUCUUCCUACCCCAGCAACCUGGUCUACAGCACGGACCUCUGCUCUCCCAGCACCUGCCAGCUGGACUCCUCCCUCUACACGGGCUGUCAGGAGACUGGCUGUGAGCCCAGCAGCUGCCAGACGUCCUGUGUGCUGUCCAGCCCCCGCCAGAUGUCCUGCUACCGCCCGAGGACCUCCUUGCUCUGCAGCCCUUGCCAGACGACUUACCCUGGAUCUCUGGGCUUUGGGUCCAGGAGCUGCUCCUCCCUGGGCUGUGGAUCCAGUGGUUUCAGACCCCUGGGUUAUGGAGGCUGUGGCUUCCCUUCUUUAGGCUAUGGAUAUGGAUUCUGCCGCCCAUCCUACCUGGCUUCUAGGAGCUGCCAGUCUUCUUGUUACAGACCACGCUUCUGUUGAUCAUCUUACUAAGUUACUAAUCUUUAUCAUAUUCAUUAGGUAGAGAAAGAUUACCCUUUUAUUCUCUAAUUGUCCAGUUUUCAUCUUUUCUCUGGCUCUAAAUUCUGGCUUACAGACUUGAUCUGAAAAGCUCUGUAAUUAAUGUAUUAACCCCAAAAUAAA